CCUCGCUCUCUGUGAGCUCUCAGUAGAAGUCUCACCUCUCUGGUGAACACACUCUCUCCACACAGCUUGGAUUACACAGAAGGGAAUUUUACACACUCAACACCAGAAGGAAGAGAUUCACUUAUUGGGAAGACUUAGACACACAAGGAUCAACAUGGGGAGUAGCAUGUCAUGCGUCCCUCAGCACAAUUUCAGGUUCUCCAGCAAGAGUUUCAUACGGCGAAACAGCAGCAGACUGUUCCGGAAAAAAAAUCCGCAGGAGGGGCAGGAAAAAUCCAACAGCAUCAUCAACAUUCUCUGCACAGUCACACCGAGAAAGGAAAUGUCACCUAAAGAUCUUGAGGCCAUUGAGAACAUCAAAUGGGACCCACCGUUUCCCUACGACCCGGCUAGCGGCUGGAAGAAGAGCAGCAUUAAUGUAAAGAACUACGGCAGGUUGAUCCACAGCUCCAAAGUGCGCUUUCGCUUCCUGCACUGUCAGGAUGUACAUGAUUGCUACCUGGACCUGUUCCAAACGCACCUUCAUUUCGUCUCCAACAACACCACCGGACUCACCUAUCAGGGCACUCUUCCAUUAAAGGAGCUCACGAUUUGCAAAGUACAGAGUAGAACUAGCUAUGGAGACCCGCAGGAGUUUGCCUUCCAAAUAAAUGGUGUCAGCUUAAACCCCAUCAUCGUCUACUGCUCAAACCAGGAGGAUAUGGACAACUGGUUCGGGCUCCUAAAGGAACACAUUGAAGCCAAUGGGGGAACUGCGAUUAUACCAGACACUCACAGCAGGGUUAAGGUCCAGAACACACAGCAGUCCACACAGCAGGGGAAAGAAGAGCUGAGGAACUCCAUCAGUAAAGAGCCUAUCUACGAAUGGGAGGGCUCUCAGCGGGAAAGUCUGGGUCCAAUCACCUAUGUCACUAAAGUCAGGCUACAGCAUUUACCUUGUCAGGAGCAGUAUGACAGACUGUUGGUGAUGUAUCCUAGCAAUCUCAUUAUACUGUCUGAGGAGAGUGAUGGCUUGUUCUACAAGGGAAAACUUCCUCUCAACAUGCUUACAGUUACCACUCCAUGCCAAGACAUUAAGCCGAACACAUUUAUGAUCGAAGGGAAACUCAUUAACCCCAUCGUCGUGUCGUGUCCGAACACGAGCGAGUUCCGUGACUGGAUCCACUACUUCAAAGCAGCAGAUAUCCCCGUCCUUAGCCCUCCUCCACCCGUCUACGACAUCAUCUACACACCUACUCAGAGAGAGGCUCCCGAGAUAAACGUGCGAUGGAGCGGCAGCAGCCGAGGAGGUGCUGAAGAAGUCGCGUUGCAGAAAUUGCACAGUGGACGCAGAUCAUGCGAGCUCCAGCUGCCCCGCUGUGAUGACAACCCCCUUUCCCCUGGUUACAUCGAGCCUCUCUGUUACAUCUCCAGCAGACCUGGCUCUGUUGAGACGCAGCAUUCGGUGAGACUGGGCAGCAGGAGCAACAGUAUGUCAUCUCAGACCAGGCCUGCACCAAUGCCCCUGCGUUACUCCUCCCCUCAGCACACUUCCUACCUGUCCUGUGAGGAGCCCCUGUCUCCCAUUUACAACACCCCAUACAGCGGAAUUCAACACAACCCUUCUGUACAGCACAUCGAGAAAGCCCCACUUAUAAAGUCUAACAGCUGGAGUACUCCACAAAGCUCUAUAAAGUACCAGCUCUCCAUUCCUCACCGCCACUCGGAUUUGCUGACCCACCGCAAACCUCUCUCGCCAUUGUAUGAUGACCCGACCACCCCUGGCAUGUACCCUCUGGAGGAGGACUUGGCAAAGGUGUCGUCGCAUUCCUCACAGGUAUCUGUAGAACAGCACUGUCCUCCACUCCUCCCGGCCUCCUUUCGCUUGUGUACACCUCCUCCAGGCCGUAAGAACAGGAGCAGUCAGCCCCAGGAUCAUGAUGGAAGCAGCACACAGUGGGCGAUGGAGCAGCGUGCGCAGGCUGUGUCCAGAUUGAAGCUGCUGCCUGCUCCUAAUACAGUGCUACAGCACAACCACAUCACACAGAGAGAGUCAUCAAGCCUGGCUGCCACACGCACGCAGGAGCUGCCCUACAGUCUCACCCCAGAUGAUCACUCCUAUCUUAAACCAGUGGAACCGGAUGACCAGGAAAUGGACUAUGACAACAUUUGGGAGUUUGACUGCAGUAACGGGAUGGUUCAAGCCAUGCCUGGAAUUUCAGCACACCGGACGCAGCCUGACUUCAGCGCUCGAGGCCUCGGCGCUAUGGAAACACAGACGAGAUGGUCAUAAAAGAGAACAAUGGGCUUCCACCCGCCUGGACUUGUGCACAUAGCUUGCUAAUCUAUGCCUUACUGCACUCUCGCUCUCACUCUCUCUGUCUCACACACAUACAUACACUCUCACCCUCGCACCGGCAUUCAUACAGGGCUUUACAUGAGGCUGAACUUGCCCAGUGUCUCUAAAUAAUCUCCCGGGGUAAAUGAACAGAGGCCGAUGAGGUACAGGAGCACUGGGCUUGUUUUCUUUUUUAAAAUAAUUUCCUGUAUAUCAUAGAACAAAUACAUUUUCAUUUCUUUCAGUAGUUUUUUUUUGAUAGAUGUAGCAUUCUUUGUUUAUAAACCAUUACAAACACUUGUAUAUGAUACAGGGCUAGAAAAGGUCUCGAGUUUUCUAACUAUGUACAUAAUGUAAAUAGCGUUUUUUUUUUUUUUGUAAUAGAGCAUCUGCAAUUUUGUUUCUUUGCACUGUUUUGUACAGAUAAUUAUUAUAUUCCUAAUUAUUUAUAUAUUAUUUCACUACAUUGUGUUGCCUACUCAGUCUCAUACUGAAGUAAAUUCUUUUGGUUCUUUUUAUUAUUCAUUCCAGGAACGUCAGCAUAUGUUGAAAUUUGUAGGAAUUCUCUGAAAUGGAAACGUUUGGUUUUAAACUUGUUGCAUAUGUACAUACUGCAGACUUUUUACCGUUUUCACUGAUGUGUGAAUGUUUUAUUCCUUCAGUUUGGUGUGAUAUUUAUAUUUGAAAAUAAAAUAAAAAUAAAAAAAAGAAUUCA